AUGACGCUCCUUGAUGGAAUCUACAUCAUUGUGAACACCAUUCCUCAAAACCCAGUUCUUGACCUUGGUGGCGUUACCGGCCCCCUUGCCAGCCCCAUCGCCGGCGUUGUUGGCUUCACAAGGCAAGGCGGCGAGAACACAAACCAACGGUGGAUAUUAACCGCGCUUCGACCAGGUGUCUACAGCCUGGUGUCAGAAUUUGGCGACACUUGGUUGACGGCUCCCGCUGAUGGCGCAACCCUUGCUCAGAUCGAAUCGGCUAGAUACGACCCCGUCUAUAACGAGACCACUCGCUGGAAGAUUACCGAACUCGACAACAAUGGCAACUGCCAGAUCGAGAGCGUGCCAUUCCCUGGCAAAGUUAUGGACCUUGAGAUGGCUAGCCCUAGGGAUGGCACCCGCGUCAUUCUAUACCCGAACAACAAGACUCCCAAUCAGAUCUGGAAAUUUAUCCCUCUUGCAAUUCCGUUGAAAUAA